AUGGGAAGUUGUGACAUACAGAUUGUCGAUGUAAGACGUUCUCGUGAGGACUACAUCACAGGACAGGUCACACACCAAACAGAGCUGAAAAUAGACGAUCCCCUGGCUGUGGUUGAUAUUGACGAAGUGGUGGAGAGAUACACAAAAUGGUACAAACUCCUGCCAAGGGUGCAACUAUUCUACGCUUUGAAGUGCAACAACGAUGAGGCGAUUGUCAGUGUCCUUGCAAGGAUGGGAAGCAGCUUCGACUGUGCAAGCAAGUCUGAGAUACAACAGAUUUUAGAUUUCGGCGUUGAUCCGUCACGCAUCAUCUACGCCAAUCCGUGCAAACAAAUGUCACACAUUACCUACGCCAGGGAAUACGAUGUUGAUUUGAUGACCUUUGACAAUGAAGAGGAAUUGGUCAAGAUCAAGAUGUUCUACGGGCCAUCAGCUAGAUUGGUCUUACGAUUUCGACCAGCAACGAAGUAUAAAGUAAUGUAUAGCCUUGCCAAGAAGUUUGGAUGUGCCUACGAAGAAGCAGAGGAUUUAUUAAAGUCGGCGAAAAACAAAGGUUUGAACGUCGUCGGUGUGAGCUUUCACGUUGGAAGCAACUGUCAAGAUGCCGACGCUUUUUCCUUGUCAAUCAAGGAGGCAAGGAGAAUAUUUGAUAUUGGACUGCAAGUCGGUUUUGCUAUGACGCUCCUGGACAUUGGCGGUGGCUAUCGUGGCAGAGAUAUUGAUCGACCCGCAAUAGAAGAGAAUGCAGAUGUCAUAAACAAAUGUCUGGAUGAGUAUUUCCCGGAUGUUAGCGGAGUUAAAAUCAUCGCUGAGCCAGGACGAUACCUUGUAGAAUCUGCUGUUAAUGAGGCAGCAAAAAUUAUUGGACGAAAGCUUAUCUACGAUAAUGACAAAUCCAGUAUUGAGCAUGUUAUGUACAACAUCAAUGAUGGGUUGUAUGGAUCUUUAUCCUGGGUCAGAGAAGUCACAGAGGUGUUUGUUGCAUCACCGGUGACUAAGAAGGUCGGAACAGAAAUGUACAGCAGCACUGUGUGGGGUCCAACAUGCUGCUCUUUAGAUUGCCUAGCAACCGAUAUCAAAUUACCAUUGAUUGAGGUCGGAGACUGGAUUGACAUUAAUUACGCGGGGUCAUACACUUUCAGCCUGUGGAGCAACUUUAACAGCAUGCCACCUCCAAAGAUGUUUUACUUUUGUUCACGUGAGACAUGGUCGCUGAUAGAAAAGAUUGAAAUGGCACCUGUUGAAGAUCGGGUACAAAUAUUGGUGCAACAUUUUAGACCUUGUUAAAGCGGUUAGUUACCUUCUGUAAUUACAUAGGUGUUACAUGUGGUAAUAUAUCACCUUAGUGUACUCUUAUUAACGUUGAUGAAUAGUUUGUUAUCCGAUUGAAUAGCUAUCAUCAAAAUAUCGAGAUGACAGUUAUAGCUACCUUGAUGGUGUGUUUGACAUGCUAACCUUUUGGUGCCUGCUGUUUGGUUUCACAUAUUGCUUAAAAGUU